AUGGGCUUCGGGAACACGUGCAGGGAAUUGAUGUCAUUCAGUGAUGUGGCCAUUGAUUUCUCUCCAGAGGAGUGUAAAUACCUGGACCCUGCUCGGUGGGAUUUAUAUAAGGAUGUGAUGUUGGAGAAUUACAGCAACCUUGUAUUCCUGGGUCUUGCUGUCUCUAAGCCGUUUCUGGUCACAUUUCUGGAGCAAAGUCAAGAGUCUUGGACUGUGACGGAGGAGAAACUUCACAAAUGUGAAGAAUGUGAGAAAACUUUUAACUGUUCUUCAAGACUUAAACAACACCAAAGAAUUCAUACUGAAGAGAAACCCUACAAAUGUGAAAAAUGUCACAAAACUUUUAACUGUUCUUCAAGACUUAAACGACACCAAAGAAUUCAUACUGAAGAGAAACCCUACAAAUGUGAAGAAUGUCACAAAACUUUUAAGUCUUCUUCAUACCUUAUACAACACCAAAAAAUUCACACUGGAGAGAAACCCUACAGAUGUGAAAAAUGUGGCAAAGCAUUUAGGAGGUCUCAAUACCUUAACCAACAUCAAACAGUUCAUACCGGAGAGAAACCUUACAAGUGUCUAGAAUGCGACAAGACCUUUAGUACACUUUCAAAAGUUUCUGCUCACCAGAUAAUUCAUAAGGAGAAACACUAUGCAUGUGAAGAAUGUGACAAAACGUUUUACUGGCAUUUCAGACUUAAACAACACCAAAGAGUUCAUACUGGAGAGAAACCCUACAGAUGUGAAGAAUGUGGCAAUGGCUUUACUACUUCCACAGCACUUUAUAACCACCAGAAAAUUCAUACUGGAGAGAAACCUUACAAGUGUGAAGAAUGUGGCAUGGCUUUCUACAGGUCAAAUCACCUUCACCGACACCAGAGAAUUCAUACCGGAGAGAGACCCUACAAGUGUGAUGAAUGUGGAAAAGCCUUCACCAGGUCAAAUCUCCUUUACAAACACCAGAGGAGUCAUACUGGAGAUAAACCCUACAAACGUGAAGAAUGUGGCAAAGCCUUUAAUGACUAUUCUGUCCAUGCUUUACACCAAAGAUUUCAUAGAGGAAAGAAACCUUAAAAAUGUAAAGAUUGUGGAAAUACUUUACUAUUAAUUCAGCCCUUACUCUAUAUCACAGAAUUCACAAUGGAGAGAGACGCUACAAGUGUAAAGUAUGUAGCCCAUCAUCUGUCCGUUGUUCAAACAUGUAUAGCCAUCAUCGAAUUCAUGAUGGAGAGAAACCAAAAACUUAGAAAUAAUAUGUUAAAGCCUCUAAUAAUUCUUCAUAUCUUUGUCAGCAUGAAAUAGUUCAUACAGAUUAUACC